UACGUAAUAUAUUACGAUACAACAAAUCAUGUACAGUUUGACAGACCAAGUUGCGUUUGUAACUGGGGGGUCAACCGGUAUCGGUGCCAAAAUAGUGGAAUAUUUACUAGAAGAAAAUGUUAAGCAUGUAACCAAUGUGGACGUUGACGAGGUAAAAGGAGUCGCAUUACAAAAUGAAUUGAAUAAGAAGUAUGGAGCGAAUAAGGUUACAUUUAUAAAGGGAGAUGUAACUAACGACGACGUUUUAUCUAAGGUGUAUGAUGAUAUACUCAAGGAACAAGGACAAAUUGACGUAGUUAUAAAUAAUGCCGGAAUUCUGAAUGACAGUCUGGAAAAGUACAAAAAAUCAAUUGAAGUCAACUUGACAGCAGUGGUCACAAAUACGCUAAAGGCACUGAAAGUAAUGCGAAAAGAUGAGGGUGGCAAAGGAGGAGUUGUUCUAAACGUGUCGUCUAUUUCUGCUUUGUAUCAAACACAUUCGUUUCCAAUUUACAAUGGUACAAAGAGUGCUGUGUUACAAUUUAGUAAUUGUAUUGGGCUGCCUGACUAUUACAACAGAACCGGUGUACGCGUGCUAACUAUUUGCUUCGGCGGCACUGACACUGGGCUUCUAACUACAGACAAGUUUGGAAGUUUUGAUGAAGACGUCGCCAGAAGAGUACGAGAAAAGUUAAAAUAUCACAAAUUCCAAAAGGCCGAAUCAGCAGCACGUGCCGUUAUAGACUCCUUGAAGCAGGGUGAAAGUGGAAGUACGUGGCUUUCAAUCGCCGAUAGACCCGCUAAGGAUAUCACUGAAUACAUCAAGAAAGCGUACGGAAUACUGGGAGAACUUGUUUUGACAGACCAAGUUGCGUUUGUAACUGGAGGGUCAUCCGGUAUCGGUGCCAAAGUAGUGGAAUAUUUACUGGAAGAAAAUGUUAAGCACGUAACCUAUGUGGAUGUUGACGAGGUAAAAGGAGUCGCAUUACAAAAUGAAUUGAGUAAGAAGUAUGGAGCGAAUAAGGUUACAUUUAUAAAGGGAGAUGUAACUAACGACGACAUUUUAUCUAAGGUUUAUGAUACUAUACUCAAGGAACAAGGACAAAUUGACGUUGUUAUAAAUAAUGCCGGAAUAGUGAAUGACAGUCUGGAAAAAUACAAAAAAUCAAUCGAAGUUAAUGUGACAGCAGUGGUCACAAAUACCCUAAAGGCACUGAAAGUAAUGCGAAGAGAUGAGGGUGGCAAAGGAGGAGUUGUGCUAAACGUGUCGUCUAUUGAAGCUUUGUAUCAACAAAAUACGUUUCCAAUUUACAAUGCUACAAAGAGUGCUGUGUUACAAUUUAGUAAUUGUAUUGGGUUGCCGGACUACUACAACAGAACCGGAGUACGCGUGCUAACUAUUUGCUUCGGCGCCACUGACACUACGCUUCUAAGCAAAGACAAGUUUGGGAGUUUUGAUGAAGAAAUCACCAGAAAAGUACCAGAAAAGUUAAAAUAUCACAAAUUCCAAAAGGUCGAAUCAGCGGCACGUGCGGUUAUAGACUCCUUGAAGCAGGGUGAAAGUGGAAGUACGUGGCUUUCAAUCGCCGAUAGACUCGCUAAAGAUAUCACUGAACACGUCAAGAAAGCUUACGGAAUACUGGGAGAACUUGUGUUUACAUAAAGUAUAAAGCUAUGGACAGGGAGAUUUUAUCGAUUAUUUGAUGCAGAAAAAUGUAAAAACGCCUACCAAAAAAUUGUAAUUUUGUCGAAUGUGUGUUUUAGAUAUGUUUACUACAUUUUGCUUGCAAUAAAUUGAUUAUUGGCGUCA